CCGCCGCCGGCAUGGAGGCAGCGGGGCGGCGCGGCCGGCCCGGGGGGCUCCCCGCCUGCGGGGCGCUGCUGCUGCUGCUGCUGCUCGCAGCAGAAGACGGUCUGGCUCAAUGUGAUAAUGACUGCAAAGCUUACUGCUGCGAUGGGACUACUCCCUACUGCUGUUCGUAUUACGCCUACAUUGGGAAUGUCCUUUCAGGCACAGCAAUAGCUGGAAUUGUUUUCGGUAUAGUAUUUAUAAUGGGAGUGAUUGCUGGGAUUGCCAUCUGUAUCUGCAUGUGCAUGAAGAACAACCGCGGGACUCGAGUAGGGGUCAUCCGAACGACGCACAUCAACACCAUCAGCACGUACCCAGUGGCUCCGCCGCCGUACAGUUACGAAUACGAGAUGGACUACCCGGCUGAUCUACCUCCGCCUUACACCCCAACUCCGCAGACCUCGAUACAGUACCCUCCACCCCCUCCCUACCCUGGAUAUUCAGGGAAAUAGUGAAGCGGCGCCGCACUGGUAGCGAUUGCCUCCUGGAACAGCCAGCGCCGUAGGGACGGAUGGUUUUGGCUCAGGGACAAACGGGAUGGGGGGUCCGCAGCACCGCAACGUGGCCGGGCACUGGCGCAGCCGAGGAGCGUUGCCACUCAUCGCCCUUGAAGGUCGAACGGCGCCCGGCCGGAGAAGCAAACGCUUGGCGUCGGCGCCCAGCUGCAGUGGCAACCCGACGGGGCAGACAGACGGGGCGGACGGACGGGGCGGACGGAUGGGGCGGUGCUCCAGCGGGCUCCUGAUGCAGGCACUGAAGCAGCUCCGCGCCCAGCACGCCGCGUGCGGCUCCCGGCGCUUCUCCGGGACGGGGCCGGCAGGACGUCCCAAGCGCCGCCUGCAAACGUCCGCUCUGCCUUGCUUCGAAAUGAGGUGAACAAGGAGGACGAGCUGUUUGCUGCUUCCGUUUCAGGGUGAUAACACCAGAUCAUCCGCUGUGCGUAUUGACCUGAUAAAUAUAUUACAAAGACAAGUGCUCUCGGAGUUGCUCAGUGGUCAAAAAAUGACUGGUAUUAUUUUUAGCCAAAUGCAGGCUGUUUUAAGUGCCUACUUUUAAACCGGUUGAGGCUAGCUUCUGGCCUAAAGUGUAAAUGUAAAGAGCAUUUUUUAUAUGUGGAUUACACUAAUUUAUAGCUGAUUUAUUUUUAUCUGGACUUAAAUUCUGUAUACAUUGGACAUAUGCUACACAGCCUUUAUGCUCUUCUAUCACCAAAUGAUAACUCUCAUUUUUAAAAAAAUACUGAUUUAGGAAAACUCACUAGCAGGAGAAGAAAUACAAAUCAAUUAUUAAAACAUCACAGAUUUCACUUUCGAUUGGAUUACUGACUAAACUACAUAAAACCCAGCUUUUUUAAAAUUGAUUAUUGCUUUGCAGUAAUAAUGAUAUUCAGCCUAACCAGAGAGAUGAACAAAGAGACUGUGAGCAUCAGAUUUCUUCUGUAUGUUGUCUUGGGCAUCUUGGAACUGUAAGUUACUACACAAUAGUUUUUGCAUUCCUCAUACACAUAGUUCAAGAAUAGUAGUUCACACACACCCGUACUUCAAGAUCAUGUAGUCUCUAUGUGUAAUUUACAGACAUUCAUGAUAUAAAGUGAUCCGUGUCAUUGUUGGGCACACUCUAAUCCACCAGCAGCAAUUUGACUUCAGAAUAGACUAUCCACUUACCUAAAGCAUCAUCCUUUGAUGAUAAGAGUAGCAUGUUCUCAAUUUUAUAUGCAAACCACAAAGCAAAUGAUUCUCUCCAGGGAUUUAAAAAUACUGAACUCCUUCCAUUUGAGUUGGGUGGCUGGGCUGCUUGAGAACUUUAUAACCAAAAUAGUGGAAGGUGACAAAAACAUAUGGCACCUACAGUUCGGGACAGCAGUGGCAUUAGAUUCAUUUCAGAGAGACAGACUUCAGGUUGCCAUUGAUUCCUGGAGAUCAGAAUGUGUUUAAAUGUUGUCCAGUGUAGCCCUCAUUUUUUUUUCAGGUGUUAUCGGUGUAUUAAUGAAUACAAAAAACAGCUUGCAAAAAGUGGUAUCCGUAGCCCAGUGAAGUUAACUGAAGAGCUCUCAUCACCCUCUAAGUAAGGCAUAUCUUUGGCAUUCAGUCCAAAUUGAGGGAAGAAUUCAAACAGUCUUGUAACUUUACGUACACAAGUUAGUCAUAAGCCCUCUUGUAUCCAAGACCUUACUGACUGGUCUUGCUCAAAUUUUGUAAUUGCGUUUGUCCUUUCUGAACUGACUACCCAUAUCUUCUUGAAAAGUCCACCUGAAAGCAUAAAUGGCCUCAAUUCUCACCACUGUAAGCCUGGAGGAUUUGCACUGUGGCCCUUGGCCAACUGCACUUUGAAGCAGAGGCCCAUUAGCUGUCCAGGCAUUUGUAACCCAGUCAGAGGAAGACUGGGCUGCUGGUUCCUUAGAGUCUUCCCCAAAGAAGGAAAGUUAUAUUCUCAUUUCUGUUGUGCUGUUCAGAGAUGACAAGUCCAGAACUAGGUUAUCUUUACAUUUACUUCAGCUCUGGGCUGUAUCCUGUAACAUUUCAGUUGCUACUAUGACCUCUCUAAAAGAUAGAUGUUCCUCAGUUGAUAUUCACCCAUAAAGUGCAACCUUCUGCGCAUGGUGUUUUUGCGGACCCUACUUAAGCCAUCUGUUGGGGUAUUGGUGUGCCUGCCAACCUUCCUGUCUGGGCUUGUGGUCAGCGUGAAUAACAGAAUAAGCAACAUUUUCGCAGUGGGAAAUCCUAUUUCACACAAUUCCACACUGAUACUCCAGCACUUUACAGCUGAUCACACUAGAUGAUGUUUCUGUGCCAAAAACUAACCUACAAAUAAUGAGUAUCUUCAUUUCCCCCAUUCUUGUAUUUUAUGUUUUUUGUAUAACACUGAACAGGCAGACCUUCAAAUCAAAGAGUAGUUUGUAUUUGAUGAGUCCAGUCUCCUGAAAAAGAAAACUAUCUUAUAGAUCAUAAAUCUUCCCUUAGAGGAAGAAUUUCCCCAACUGUGACAUUUGUCAGAACAAGCUAUAGAGCGUAUUUCUUAAAUAAAAAGGCAUUUCUGGAAAAUAAAA